ACAAACCCCACCCCGACACAGCUACAAAAAAGCUUUACAUGGCUGUGGAUCAUUCAUUUUAAUAUCAAGUAUAGUUUCCAUCAUGACAGUCAAAGGGACUAUGAAGGCAGCCAUUUGCCACAAGGUAUGCACCUCCCUAUCCCAUUUCCAAACUUGUCUCACAAAUGUUAAGCGGGAACGCCUUUACAGAUCGAAGAUGUGCCUAUUCCAGAGCCCACCGGCCGAGAGAUGCGAGUGCGCGUCAAGGCAGCUUCACUCUGUCACUUGGAUAUACAGUUCACCAGCGGGGCCAUGGACAUCGGGUCUCUUCCCCAAAUCAUCGGCCACGAAGCAAUCUCGGUGGUUGACAAGGUCGGACCCGAAGCCGUCAGCUAUGGGUUUCAAGAGGGAGACCUGAUCGGAGCUGCGCCGUAUCAUGAUGUAUGCCUGGCGUGCUUUGGUUGCAAGAAACUCGGAUCCCAUUUUUGCAAAGGCAUGAAUGUCAAGGGGUUCACCUGCCCCGGAUACUUUGCUGAGUAUUCUUUGGUGGAUCCGGAGGGUGCGGUGGUAGUUGCUCGCGCUAAACAGUUGGAUAGGGUGUCACCGAAUUACCUGACGCCCUUAUUCUGUUCAGGUAUUACCGUGUGGGAUGCGUUGGAACGAGCCUGUCUGCGUCCGGGUGAGAGCCUCGCCAUCGUAGGCGUGGGAGGACUGAGGAGUUUGGCUACCCGGUAUGCGCAGGCCCUGGGGGCUCAUGUCAUUGCCCUCGACGUACAAGACGAACAGAUCCAAGCCCGUGCCAAAGAAGGGGGAGCAAACGAGAUUCUCAACACCCGGUCUCUCUCUCCAGAAGAACUGAACCAUCAGAUUGCCCUCCGCAACUAUGGAAACCCCGUAGAUGUUGCGGUCGAGACAUUGGGAUCGGAAGCAGCGUAUGACACAGCGUUGAAAACCCUCCGACCAGAGGGAAGACUCAUCGCCGUAGGCGUAUUUGGGGAUAGCCUUCCUAUAUCUGGCCUUGCGUUAGUCGCGAACGCAUUUCAGAUAAUUGGCGCCAAACUCCCUAGUCGUGCUUCAAUCCAGAGAUGCAUUGACUUCUCACUCCGGAAGAAUAUCCUGCCUCGAAUCAACCCAAGAAUCUUUCGUCUGGAGGACAUCAACGAGAUGAUGGCGUUGAUGGAAACGGGCAAGGUGCACGACGGACGUAUGGCGAUGGAAGUUAGAUGGUGAGGUAAGAUUCAUCAGAUAGAGUUCAUGAUUUUUAUAGCCAAAGGACCAUUCAGUAUCGAGAAAUAAAAUCAUAAAUAGAUAAGAAAGAAGGCUCGAAUUGAACUGUUGAAGUUAUUCACUCCUGUGACCCGCUGACUAAUC